CCCAUUUCCGCUUCCGGUGCGGGUCGCGCGCGAGCGCAGCUGAGGGAGGCGGCGACCAGCCGGUUGAAGCCUCGUCUUGGCCUCACCACCAUGUGGCACGAGGCUCGGAAACAUGAGCGCAAGCUUCGAGGCAUGAUGGUCGACUACAAGAAGAGGGCAGAGAGGCGGCGGGAGUACUAUGAAAAGAUUAAGAAGGACCCAGCCCAGUUCCUGCAGGUCCAUGGCCGAGCUUGCAAGGUGCACCUGGAUUCUGCUGUUGCUCUGGCUGCCGAGAGCCCUGUUAACAUGAUGCCUUGGCAGGGUGACACCAACAACAUGAUUGACCGCUUUGAUGUCCGCGCCCACUUGGACCACAUCCCCGACUACACCCCCCCGCUGCUCACCACCAUCUCCCCGGAGCAGGAGUCAGAUGAGCGGAAGUGCAACUAUGAGCGCUACCGAGGCCUGGUGCAGAACGACUUCGCAGGCAUCUCAGAGGAGCAGUGCCUGUACCAGAUCUACAUUGACGAGCUAUACGGAGGCCUGCAGAGGCCCAGCGAGGAUGAGAAGAAGAAGCUGGCAGAGAAGAAGGCUUCCAUUGGCUACACUUACGAGGACAGCACUGUGGCCGAGGUAGAGAAGGUGGCAGAGAAGCCAGAGGAGGAGGAGUCUCCCGCCGAGGAGGAGAGCAACUCGGAUGAAGAUGAGGUCAUCCCCGACAUCGAUGUGGAGGUGGAUGUGGAUGAGCUGAACCAGGAGCAGGUGGCAGAUCUCAACAAACAGGCCACAACCUAUGGCAUGGCUGACGGGGACUUCGUCAGGAUGCUUCGGAAAGACAAGGAGGAGGCAGAGGCCAUCAAACACGCCAAGGCCCUGGAGGAAGAGAAAGCCAUGUACUCGGGCCGUCGUUCACGGCGCCAGCGGAGAGAGUUCCGGGAGAAGCGGCUGAGGGGCCGCAAGAUCAGUCCACCAAGCUAUGCCCGCAGAGACAGUCCCACCUAUGACCCCUACAAGCGGUCACCCUCGGAAUCCAGCUCUGAGUCCCGUUCACGCUCGCGCUCCCCGAGCCCAGGCCGCGAGGAGAAGAUCACCUUCAUCACCAGUUUUGGGGGCAGCGACGAGGAGGCAGCUGCAGCUGCUGCUGCAGCCGCUGCAUCAGGGGCCGCCCCAGGGAAGCCCCCUGCGCCCCCGCAGCCUGGCGGCACCGCGCCGGGACGCAAUGCCAGCGCCCGCCGCCGUUCCUCCUCUUCCUCCUCCUCUUCUGCUUCGAGGACCUCCAGUUCCCGCUCCAGCUCCCGCUCUCGUUCCAGUUCCCGCCGCGGAGGCGGGGGCUACUACCGCUCUGGCCGCCAUGCCCGCUCCCGUUCACGCUCCUGGUCCCGUUCGCGCUCCCGCUCCCGGCGCUACUCUCGUUCCCGCAGCCACGGCAGGCGACACUCUGUUGGUGGCUCCCGUGAUGGCCACCGCUACUCUCGUUCACCAGCCCGGCGUGGCGGGUAUGCGCCCCGGCGCAGAAGCAGGAGUCGCUCCCGUUCUGGGGACCGCUAUAGGCGGGGAGCCCGGGGCCCCCGGCACCACAGCAGCAGCCGCAGCCGUAGCCACAGUAGCUGGUCCCUCAGUCCGUCCCGCAGCCGCAGCCUGACCCGCAGCCGAAGCCACAGCCCCAGCCAGAGCCAGAGCCGAAGCCGCAGCCGCAGCCGCAGCCAGAGUCACUCACCAUCGCCCCCAAGGGAGAAGCUGACCCGGCCGGCAGCAUCCCCUGCUGUGGGCGAGAAGCUGAAAAAGACUGAGCCUGCCGCUGGUAAAGAGACAGGAGCUGCCAAACCCAAGUUGACACCACAGGAGAAGCUGAAGCUGAGGAUGCAGAAGGCGCUGAACAGGCAGUUCAAGGCGGAUAAGAAGGCAGCUCAGGAGAAGAUGAUCCAGCAGGAGCACGAGCGGCAGGAACGGGAGGAUGAACUGCGUGCCAUGGCCCGCAAAAUCCGGAUGAAGGAGCGGGAGCGCAGGGAGAAGGAGAGAGAGGAGUGGGAACGCCAGUAUAGCCGCCAGAGCCGCUCGCCAUCUCCCCGUUACAGUCGGGAAUACAGCUCUUCCCGGAGGCGCUCUAGGUCACGGUCCCGAAGCCCACAUUACCGACACUAGGUGGAAGGGAGGGGUGAGGCCGGGUCCUGGCUGAGCUGCGAUGCUGCUGGUUUUCUCUAGUGAAAUAAAAACAAAUGUUAUUUAAUGCCCUUCCCUGGGCCUGGUGUUGUCUGUGUGGUUGGUGUGGGCC